UGCUGCUGCACUGUCAACGGAGCAGCUGAACUCUGCACGCAGAUGUGUGAGAGCACGGCAGAAAAAAGACUGAUAACAUGUUAACCAAUAGGUCAAAUGAUCACAAAGACCGGAAUCUGAGCAGAUAGGACAAGGACGCUCAAUAGUGAGAAUCUUGAUCAUCUUUGGAGAUGAACAGCUGCCAAAUGUGGGAGAUGAAGAUGUGGGUGUUGAUGGGAAUAGUCUGUCUGUGCCACUGUGUCUUCGGGCAGCUGUUUGACACCAAACUGAAAGGAGCUCCUCGUCUGAUCUGCAGCGUCCCCGGUUCACCGGGCCUGCCUGGCAAACCUGGUCCCAGCGGGCCCCCAGGAGCGGAUGGAAAUGUGGGUAUCCCAGGAAGAGACGGCAGAGAUGGCAGGAAGGGUGAAAAGGGAGAAAAGGGAGACACAGGGUUAAAGGGCCGAGUUGGUCCAACAGGUAGGAUUGGAGUCCGAGGUGAUCGUGGCCCUGCGGGGAAACGAGGCCCUAUGGGAGAGAACGGAGAUAUGGGCCCAAUUGGUCUUCAAGGCCGGGAGGGGGAGAAAGGGGACAAGGGCGAAAGAGGACCAACUGGAACUGCAGGAAUCUGCAAGUGCGGAAGCCUGCUGCCUAAGUCUGCGUUCUCUGUGGGAAUCACCAGUAGCUACCCUACAGAGAACACCCCCAUCAAGUUCAACAAGAUCUUGUUUAAUGAGGGUGGACACUACAACCCACAGACGGGCAAGUUCAUAUGCGCGUACCCAGGCGUAUAUUAUUUCUCCUAUGACAUUACACUGGCCAACAAACACCUGGCUAUUGGUCUGGUGCAGAAUGGCCAGUAUCGCAUCAAAACCUUUGAUGCCAACACAGGGAACCAUGACGUGGCAUCUGGUUCCACUGUGAUGUACCUGAACCCAGAAGAUGAGGUGUGGCUGCAGAUCUUCUUUCAUGACCAGAAUGGUUUAUUUGCAGAUCCAGGCUGGGCUGACAGCUUGUUCUCUGGGUUCCUUCUCUAUGCAGACACAAACUAUUUUGACACACUCGCAGAAGAUUAUGCAUAGCACAUGUGGCUUAGUCAAACUAUAUUUUUAUAUAAAUGUUUGUAUUGCAAAUUAGAUAGUUAGUAUAGAGGCUAAUCUAUGGAUUUGAAAUUAUAUUAUUUAAUAAAGCUUGAAUAUAUUUCUGA